UUCAGUCACAGAACUGGGCUGAAUGCUCUCGCCGAGCACUGAACAAACUGCUCUCUCACUGUCCAAGUCAUUGAUCUGUGCAGUGUGACUCGCUGCAUUUUCCUGCUCUGUGGUCUGGACGCCGGCAGCAGCUGCUUUUACUGGAUUAUCUGACAUCAGCAGGGUUCUGCGUUCAGGAGGAACGACGGUGAACGAUGUCGAACAGCAAAGCGACGAUGGAGAUGGGGCUGAACGGGACCUCCAAACACCAGCCUGCAGGCUCGAGUCGACGCGGCGCCACCGUCAGCUUCCACAACAUUUACUACAAGGUGAGGCAGGGAGGAAGCUGCUUGUGCCGGAAGAAGGGGACGACCAAAGACAUCCUCGUGGACCUCAAUGGGAUCAUGAAGCCGGGUCUGAACGCCAUCAUGGGAGCGACGGGAAGCGGCAAAUCAUCCUUCUUGGAUGUUUUGGCGGCCAGGAAGGACCCCGCAGGUCUUUCAGGGGAGGUCCUGAUCGACGGAGCUCCUCAGCCUCCGAACUUCAAGUGUUUGUCUGGAUACGUGGUGCAGGACGACGUGGUGAUGGGAACUCUGACGGUCAGAGAAAACUUCACCUUCUCGGCGGCGCUGCGUCUCCCGUCCACCAUCAGUCAGGAGGAGAAGAAGCAGAAGGUCGACAGACUGAUCCAGGAGCUGGGACUGGGCCGAGUGGCCGACUCCAGGGUGGGCACUCAGCUGAUUCGCGGGGUUUCCGGCGGCGAGAGGAAGAGGACGAACAUCGGCAUGGAGCUGAUCAUCGACCCGCCCGUCCUCUUCCUGGACGAACCCACCACCGGCCUCGACGCCAGCACGGCCAACUCCGUGCUGCUGCUGCUCAAGAGAAUGGCGAACCACGGUCGCACCAUCAUCCUGUCCAUCCACCAGCCUCGAUACAGCAUCUACCGCCUGUUCGACAGCCUCACCCUGCUCGUCAACGGCAAACAGGUCUACCACGGCCCUGCACAGAGAGCACUGGAGUACUUCUCGGAAAUCGGAUACACCUGUGAGGCCCACAACAACCCCGCAGACUUCUUCCUGGACGUCAUCAACGGAGACUCGACCGCCGUCGCCCUCAGCAACCCCGACAAAGACGAUCCAGAUCCAGAUCCAGAUCCAGACUCGGUGUCGAUGUCCAGACGAGGGAUCGAGGACAAACUGGUGGAGGAGUAUCGAAACUGCUCCUACUUCAAACAGACCAAAGCGGAGCUGGAGAGGAUCGUCGAAGGAAAGCCGACCACCACGUCUUCCCGUUCCAGAACCAUCACCUACAACACCAGCUUCCUCACGCAGUUCAGAUGGGUUCUCAAGAGAACGUUCCAGAACCUCCUGCUCAACCCUCAGACCUCCAUCGCUCAGGUGGCGGUGACGCUCUUCCUCGCUCUGGUUGUGGGCGCCAUCUUCUUCGGCGUAGAGGAGAACGAGAGCGGACAGCAGAACAGGUUCGGCGCUCUCUUCUUCGUGGUCGUGAAUCAGUGUUUCAGCUCCCUGUCGUCUGCCGAACUCUUCAUCGCAGAGAGGAAACUCUUCAUUCACGAGUACAUCAGCGGCUACUACAGGGUGUCCGUCUACUUCCUGUCCAAGAUCCUGUCCGACAUCAUCACGCUGAGGACCAUCCCCGGCGUCGUCUUCACCUGCGUGGCGUACUUCAUGAUCGGUCUGAAGCCCACAGCCGAGGCCUUCUUCCUCUUCAUGUUCUCCGUCAUUCUGGUCUCCUACACGGCGACGUCCAUGGCUCUGGCCAUCUCCGCCGACCAGACGGUGGUCGCCAUCGCCAACAUCUUCAUGACCAUCACCUGCGUCUUCAUGAUGAUCUUUGCAGGUUUGCUGGUGAACCUUCCCUCCAUCGCCAGCUGGCUCGCCUGGUUGAAAUACUUCAGCAUACCGAGAUAUGGCUUCACUGCUCUGCAGAUCAACGAGUUCACUGGACUGAACUUCUGCCAGGAAGGCACAUUCAGCCACAAUUGCACCGGGGAGGGGAUUCUGGAGAGACAGGGUGUGGAUUAUUCCUCCUGGGGCUUCUGGCAGAACCACCUGGCUCUGGGCAUCAUGACCACCUGCUUCCUCACCAUCGCCUACCUCAAACUGCGCUUCAUCAGGAAGUUCACCUGAACCGUCGUCUGGAAACUCUGCCGCUUGCUCUUCAUCAUUCUCUCAUUUUUCUCUCCGCUUGGUUCAGUUUUUUUCAUUCAAUAAGCCGCAAUGCUGAUGAAUCUUUUGUAAAAAUUACACUUCCUGUUGGUUAUAAAGACUUUAAUUAUUUAUUCACUCCUCACCAACGUCGAACUCUUAACUCGUGUCACGAUUUUUGCACUUGAACGUUUAGAGCCACACAAAUACAAGAACUUUAUAUUUAUUAAUUUUUACAAAAUAAAAUACUGAUUUUUCUGAA